AUGUGUGCUCAUUUUUUUGGGGAACCACUUGUCCAAUCCAGCGGCGACGCGUCAGCACCGGCCGACGAGUUCCGCGGCGCGGACGGGCGCGUGUACCACUCGCACGACGGGCUCGCGCCGCACUCGCACGAGCCGCUCGACAGCGCGGGGAGCUUCGCGCUGCGCGCGCCGCCCCUGCCGAACCGCGACCUGGCGGAGCGCGCGUUUACCGUUGGAAUCGGCGGACCCGUCGGAUCAGGGAAAACUGCCCUGAUGUUGGCCCUGUGUCGCACACUCAGAGAGCAGUACAGCCUGGCAGCGGUGACCAACGACAUCUUCACGCAGGAGGACGGCGAGUUCCUGAUCAAGCACGCCGCCCUCUCGCCGCCCGGCCGCAUCCGGGCGGUGGAGACGGGCGGCUGUCCGCACGCCGCCAUCCGGGAGGAUAUCAGCAUCAACCUGGGGCCACUGGAGGAGCUUUCCUCUGAGUUUAAGGCGGAUAUGCUGCUGUGCGAGUCAGGCGGGGACAACCUAGCGGCCAACUUCAGCCGAGAGCUAGCAGACUACAUCAUCUACAUCAUUGACGUGUCGGGCGGGGAUAAGAUCCCCAGGAAGGGCGGCCCUGGCAUCACACAGGCAGACCUGCUGGUGGUGAACAAGACUGACCUGGCGCCUGCGAUCGGUGCUGACUUGGCGGUUAUGGAAACGGACGCGCUGCGCAUGCGGGAUGGGGGGCCCUUGGUGUUUGCACAGGUGAAACAUGGGGUGGGGGUGCCAGCCAUUGUGGAUCAUGUGCUCACAGCAUGGAGUGCCGCCACAGGCCAGCCCAGGAGGUGA